CGGUGGAGAUUAAAAGUAAAAUAUAUAAACGCUCUAGAUUUAAAACCACCAGACGCGGGAAAAUACCACUUAUAACCGGCGACCCAAACUAACUCUUCUGUCUGAACCGGCCAAUUUAAGAUUCAAGUUAAACCCUCUAGGCAAGACAGAGUGUUUCGUUUCACAGCAAAAGGAAAAACCCAGAUUCUUCACAUCGUCGUGACUUCUGUUUCUCGUCUCCCAUCUUCUUCGCGAAUCCGAUUUGCAGGUCUUAGGCGUCUCUGUUUCUUUCUCAGCAACUUGGUCGAUUUCUAGAUGGUUCUAUGCAUGUUGCUGAGAAUCACAUAUUAGAGAAGGCCAUCUUAGACAUGGGAAUACAAACUCUUAUAUGGCAAGUGACGAAGAAAGCAUUCACUGGAGGCAUUAUAGGGCUCACCAUUUCAGAUAGGUUUUGUAGCGUUGUUCCUGUGAGAGGAGACUCCAUGUCUCCCACAUUCAAUCCCCAGCGAGAUUCUUAUUUAGAUGAUUAUGUUCUCGUGGACAAAUUUUGCCUUAAGGAUUACAAGUUUGCGCGUGGUGAUGUUGUAGUGUUCAGCUCGCCGAGUCAUUACAAGGAAAGAUACAUAAAGAGGAUAGUGGGGAUUCCUGGGGAAUGGAUAAGUAGUACUGAGGAUGUGAUCAGAGUCCCAGAAGGACAUUGUUGGGUAGAAGGAGAUAAUAAAGCUUCCAGCUUAGACUCAAGAACCUUUGGCCCUAUUCCUUUGGGGUUAAUUCAAGGACGGGUCACUCGUGUCGUGUGGCCUCCUCAAAGACUACGCAAACUUGGUGGAUAAAGCUACUGGAGAAGGAGAAGGAGAAGGGAGAAACGGUAAGUUUCUUCCCCAUCCACUAUAUGAAUAUUCUCUUCUUCAAGAUCCUUUGUUGAGGAAUCUGCUUUGAACUAAAGAAUGGUUUUGUCAGAAAGAUUGGAUUUUUUGUUUGUUUGUUUGUUUGUUUCCCAUUUGUUCACAAUUUGUAAACCGGUUUUCUGGUGUUCAUUUUUUAUAGAAUCAAAUGGAUCUAUUCGUCUCCAACU